AUGAUUGAAUUUUUUAAUAUAUCUGAUGAUUAUUUAACUUUCGAUCAAUUAUACCGUUUGAAUGUAACAUCAUAUGAAAUUCUCAUGUGGUCAUCAUCAAUUAAUCUUGCUGAGCAAUAUCAGUAUUAUCUUGAUCAACCAACUCAAUCUAAUCUAUCCAAUGAAAAAUUCUUUAAUUGUACACAGCCAUGGUUUGGAUCACGAUGUCAAUAUUCAUUCCAAUUUAAUGAAGAUAAAUUAGUGCAAAAUUCUUUUCAAACAGCUUUAGCUGAUAAUAUAUUUAAUAGAACGUGUUAUAUUCUUUUAGAAUGUGAUCGUGGUGAAUCAUCGAUGUGUCUUGAUUGGCGUGAGAUAUGCGAUGGUCGAAUUGAUUGUCUUAAUGGUGGUGUUGAUGAAAUUCAAUGUUUUCAUUUAGACAUUAACGAAUGCAAUGAAAAUGAAUAUCGAUGCCAUAAUGGGUUGUGUAUUCCAAAAAAUUUUUUGGAAAUGGAUUUUGAAGAAGCACAAUGUCUUGAUAGAUCAGAUUAUUUUGCUGACACUAUCUGCGAACGAUUUUAUUUCCGUAUGAAUCUGUUUGAAUGUCAAGAAUUUAUAUGUCCACCUAAUGCAGGUAAAUUUUCGUGUGGUGAUGGACAAUGUGUAGAAGAUUAUGGUCGAUGCCAAAAUAAUCGCCAUCUUGCUUUGGCUCAAUCGGUUAGUGUUCAAGGAAAUUUAUUAUACGAAUGCUGGAUAAGCAUGGUUUGUCUUACCAAAAUUAUUGAUAAAAUUGAGAAUAUAUUAUGUGAUCAGUUCAUUCGAUCUUCUGAGAUCAUCGAACAAUUAAAAAGUUGCAAGUUUCCUCUCCAGUUUCCAGUUAUUCCUGUACUCUAUGAUCAUGUAAAAUUUUUAUAUGAUCCAAAAGAGAUUGACAAUAUUAAUAUAACAUUACCUCUUAAACCUGAUUAUGUUUGUUAUGAUGAACAAUUAUGCGAUUUUCUCACACCCACAUUUUGCCAUGAAAACUUGACUUGUCGUUCUGGUGAUCAAAUGAAUCUUACGACGAAUGCUGAAUUGACUACUUGGAAAUCAAUUAUCGAUUCAAUUAAGCCAUACUUUGAUGGUUGUAUAACUCAACAUUAUCAUAGCAUCGAUUCUCAUCAUUCAUCGUUAUAUCAUUGUAAGAAUUCGUCGAAAUAUAUUUCUAAACAUCGAAUUUUUGACGGCAUAUCAGAUUGUUUCUUGAAAGACGAUGAGCAAGCAUUAUCUGAAUUAAGUUGUUCGUUGAAUCAAACCUCUCAAUAUCAAUGUCCAAACGAGAAACAGUGUCGAUCACGCUUUUUCCCAACAAGCAUCUGCUCUUUUCCAAUACAGAUAAAUCAUGAUGAUAUUCCAUUUUAUAAAAUAUGUGAUCGAAUCAUGGAUUUACCUAUAGUGCUGAUUGAUGGACGAAAUCAUUCCGAUGAAACUGAAUGUGACUACUGGCAAUGCAAUAAUAUCUACACACGUUGUGAUGGCUUUCGAAACUGUGUGAAUGGUGAAGAUGAAAAAAAUUGCACGCAACCCAUUGAUAUAGAGCAUAUCCUUUUCUGUAUUUCGCCACAAAAUUAUACAUUCAUGUGUUUACCAGCCGAUCAAGUCACUAAUGGAACCGUCAAUUGUUUUGGAGCAUCCUUCGAUAAAUUUCAAAAUCACCAAGUGAACAAUACUACUUUUCAAACAUAUAGAUUUCGUUGUUGGAAUGACACAAAAUGUAAAGAACAAGAGAAUCUUUGCAAUGAAAACGAAGAUUGUCCAAUGUAUGAUAACGAACUAUUUUGUGAUAAUCAUCCACAACUAUGUCAUGAUUCUGAUUUUGACAAUCUUAUCGAUAUGCAGUAUAUUUCAUGUCAGGUCAUUAAUAUACGUGAUAUAUAUUUUUCAUUAGACACUGUAUUAAUCUAUCCGCCAAUAUAUACGAUUCAGAGUAAUCCUACUGAAAAUCCAACUGAUGAUAAAAUAAUAGGAUCGCCAUUAGUCAAGAGUUUUUCACAGCCUGAAAUCUGUAAUUCUGGUUUAUACGUUUACUAUCGACUUGGAGUCAAUAAUUACAGUAGUUUAUGUUUUUGCCCGCCGAAUUAUUAUGGUGAUCGAUGUCAAUAUCAAAAUCAACGUGUCAGUCUUACCUUAACAUUGGCAACUGUUGAACAAUCAAUUAUUUAUGCUAUUGUUGUUACGUUGAUAGAAGAUGACAACGAUCGACAAGAAAUUCAUUCAUAUCAUCAAUUCACUUAUGUACCAGUGACAUAUUGUGGUAAACUUGUGAAUUUUUAUCUGUUAUAUUCAAAACGUAGAAAGGAUAAUUUAAAAAACUACAGUAUUCGUAUCGAUGUAUUCAAUAAAGAUUCAUUGACAUAUCUAAUAAGUUGGCACUUAACGAUUCCAUUCGUCUUUUUACCCGUUAAUCGGAUAAGUGCUUUUUUAACUCUACCGAUUUCUCGAACAUUCAAUCCUAAACAUUGUCCUCUGCAAUGUUAUAAAGGUACUUGUAUGAAAUAUCAUAAUGAAGAACGAUUCUUGUGUCAAUGUUAUUCAGGUUGGUCCGGUGCACAAUGUCACAUUCCAAUAGAUUGUAGCACGUGUGCAUCAAAUUCGAUUUGCGUUGGUUCGAUUCAAAAUCGAUCAAUCUGUGUUUGUCCUCAUGGAAAAUUCGGUUCCUCUUGUCGUCUUCAACUAGUAUGUCCAAUAGGGAUCUGCAAAAAUAAUGGUCGUUGUAUAGUAAUCGAUGAGAGAAUGAUUGAUAAAAGUUAUAUAUGCUUUUGUUCUGAACAAUUUUCUGGGACAAGAUGCCAAAAUGUUAACCAUAAAUUAGAUAUUUCCCUUAAAAAUAUUGAAACUCCAUUGUAUUUACUCGUCUAUAUUUACACUGAGAUUAGUUUUGAGCGAUUACCACCAAGAUUUGUUAUACUCAGAAAAAUGACUAUGUUUCAAACUAAUGUCACCUUGUACUCUCAAGCGCAGUUUCGAAUGGUUAUUGUCAAGAUUGAUAAUCGUUAUUAUUUGGCUGUAUUACGUCGAAAACUUGUAUCAUCCAACAUAGUAACCUCGAUCAGACCUGCCCAACGAUGUGUUCCAAUUCAUGAACUUUUGCCUAUUGAAUUAUUCUCAUUGCCACGAAUUCAACGAUUGAAAAGUUAUCAUAUACCAUGCCAACAUAAUUUUAAUCUACAAUGUUUUGUCGAUGAAUUCUACAUGUGUUUGUGUACAGAGGAACGUCAUAGUAAUUGUUUUCCAUUGGAACAUCAACAGACUUUUGCCUGUGAAGAUAAUGUUUAUUGUGAGAAUGGUGGAACAUGUCUACAAGAUCGACGUGUAUGUUUUCUUAAUAUUCUAUGUGUAUGUAACGAUUGUUUCUUUGGUGAUCGAUGUCAAUUUUAUGCUAAGGGUAUUGGAUUAACAUUAGAUGAUUUAUUACGUUAUGAGAUUCGACCUAAUAGUACAUUAAAUGAUCAAUCAUUGACAGUUAAAUUAAGUGCAGCUUCUACGAUAAUUAUUUUCCUAAUUGGUUUAUUGAAUAGUUUUUUUGGUUAUUUAGUUUUUCAUAAUCGUAAUUGUCGAAAAGUUGCUUCGGGAAUUUAUCUUCGAUUAUCAUCAGUUAUUUCUACACUUGUUGUUAGUAUGUUAAUCAUUAGAUUUUGGUUUGUAACAUAUACAUAUAUAAAUCCAUCGAUUAAUCGAAAAAUUCUUCAAAUUGGAUGUUUAUUAUUUGAACCAAUGCUUCGUUUUUUUCUACAUAUGAGUAAUUGGCUUAAUACUUGUGUAGGUAUUGAUAGAGCAAUGGCAGUUUUUCAAGGAACUAAUUUUAAUAAGAAAAAAAGUCGAUGUAUUGCACGAUGGAUUAUUUUUCUUUUACCAUUUUUUAUUUUAAGUUCAAUGAUUUAUGAAUUUAUCAAUCGUGAUCUGUUUGAUGAUUAUGAAGAACGACGUGUUUGGUGUGU